AUGACCCAUCACUCUAGCUCGAGUGUGGCGUCGUCGAGGAUGUCAUCACGCAAUGGCUCUGAGAGGCGGAGUUGUCAGCCCGCCCAUGCUGGGGGUGAUAGUGAGCAGAAGCAACAGCAAGAAGAAGAAAAGAAACCCGCUUCUAUCUCGAAGGAGAAAAAAUUGGUAGACGCGGAGAAUGAGGGUGAGUGUAUGUUUGCCACUGCAGUGGCGGAUAUGACGAACUUUGACAACUGUGAUGUGACGACACCGGAGAUCGAGAAUGAUGUCUGCUGCCGAAUCGAUGAUUAUGAUAAGGGUGACGACGAUGUUUCUCUUGUUACGGACAAUGGUGGUUACGAUGGCAGUACUGCAUCUGGCGACUGCGCUUUCUCCAUACAGAGUGGGGCGGUGCACUGGGAUGAUGCCCAGCAGAGCGAUGACGACGACAAGGACGGGGAGGGUGCGCGGCGGCCCUCCUCGCCCUUCGUGCUGCUGGGCCACGUUGAGCAGGGCGGUGGCCUUGUGGAGGAGCGCGUGGUGGAAGUCGCCAUCGCCAACCUCGAAGCGGAGCUCGAGAGAAUCAAGAACAGGAUAGCGGCGCUGCGUGCAGAAGAGAGGCAACGGCGCCAGGGGCUCCUGGCGGCGUCACUGACGCGGCGCCAAACGAAGACAGCCGCUGUGCCGGGAGCUGCGAGCGUCGGGUCUACCCGAAGACUGGGGGGCACAGUAGAAACGGCAGGCACGGCGACGGAGGUGCACCCAUGGCGUCAGCAACAGUGUACGCGCGCCGCGCUGGUGGCCCCGCCCACCGCUCCCACCGCGCCACCCGAAGAGAUCAUGGAGAGUGACAACCCUGAUGGCGAUGGAGGUCAUCAAACACCACAGAUCUUCCCGGGUAGUGACGAAACACUGGUGGACGUGGAAGGAAGUGGUGCGGUGGAGGACGACGGGGAUAGCCACGAGAACAACGGUAUUCCAGUGCUACCCCCGAGUCAUCUGCAGGAGUGGUUGUUUACCUUGCGAGAGGGUUCUGAUGGGUUAGAACAGGAGUCAUACCCGGUUGAUUCGAAUGGCGGUAGCCGCGAAAAAAUUGGUGCCACUGUUGAUGGCGGAUUUCCUUCGGCGGAAAGCAGUAGUGCUGCUGGCUUUGGUGACGCAAGCAGCCACCUUGCAGCAGAUCUCAUGGGACGCUACCUGUGCCUACUUGAAAUGGGUGGGAUGGAAACAUUUGAGUUCGUUUUUGACGAAGAUGAUGCCACGAAGCGCCAGAGGUUUCACAAUGCAGAGUAUGAACUUAUGCUUGCUCAACAAAGGGUGAUUGCCAAGAUGGAGGCUCUGAGAUGUAAUCGCCUCACCACCGGGACGCACUUGUGGCAAAGCAAUGAGUCUGCGAGUCGCUGCCCGCACUGUAACAGGGCUUUCACCAUCACUGUGCGGAAGCACCACUGCCGCCGCUGCGGUGUCCUCCUGUGCAACGACUGUUGUUCGCAUGUAGGGCGUGACAUGUACGCACCUCGGAAAGAGUCGCAACGUAAUGGCAUUGACGAUAACAACCAUGAAGGAACUAGAAAAAGUAGCAGCCAAGUUGAUGGUUCAACCUUUUCUUUUACUGAUGCUGCUUCUGUUCCUGGGAGUACCGCACCGCCACUGCGAGGGGACGAGUGGAUGUUUGACACAUGCGAUCUCACCGACGGCGUGACUGAGACUCGUGAGGAGAGUGACAGCAUGGCAUCAGCGCAACAGAGGCGGACUGGUGGAAGUGCGAUCAAGUGGGCGUGCAGACGCAGCGGCCUCAAGGUGCGCACGGCUCCCUGGUGCCGCAUCUGCAGCCGCUGCUAUCUUAUGUGUCUCCGCGCACGAACUGAAGGUAGACACAGCAGCGUGCUGGAUGACGGUCGCCGCUGUUUCUACGUUCUGACGGAUGAUGAGUUGUCCUUCACGAACUACAACACCACGUGGGAGACGCGAUGUGCGCAGCUGGACGUACUGAAGCACUUUAUCAUGGAGCGGGCUGCGGAUGCCGCGCACGGACAGCUGCGGCGCGUCACGAGUUUAUUUGUGGCGUGGGUGCGCGGCUUGGGGAGGCGCGCCAUCGAGAGAGGCAGUGGCGAUGCGGCGGAUUCAUGCUGA